AUGAUUAAAUAUUUAUAGAGAUCUCUCUUUAGAAUUAGUGAUGAGUAUGAAUACCUCAAAUGUAAGGAUAUUUUCAAGUCAUAACUUGGACAAUUUAAGAAGGCUCUAAAUAAAGCAAUCUAAUUACAAAAGUAAAUUGAUCAGAAUACUCAAGCAGCCUACAAAAUGUAAAGUCAUGCUUUCUUCACUUCUAAUGUACCUUCUAAAACUAUUCUGGCUGCAUUCCUGUAAAAAAGAGAAUACUCGAAUGAAGAAAUUGUUGGAUAAACAUUUGUUCAAUUAGGACAUGCUUUAAAGGGAAGAGGAGAUAGAUCCUACUUUGAUCAUAAAUAAAUUGAAUCCUCCAUGGGUUUUGAUGUCCUAAUUAAAGACCUAUUAAAUUUGAAUGAUUAUAGAAUUUUGGCCGAAGGAAUUCAUGGAUUGGCUCUCACAGGAGUCGAUUUACACAGCGAAUAGAUUGUUGAAAAGGCAUUUUAAUAAUUAGAUGCUAAAGAGUUAAAUUCUGAAGAAAAAUAAUUAAUUGAAGCAUUUAUAUUAGAUAUCUUUGAAGAAAAAAAAGAUGUGCCUAUGAACAAUUUCAUUUAUGAAGUUGAAAAGAUGAUUGAAGAAACACAAUCUGAUAUCUUCUAUGUUUUGGAAGCAAUCGUAGAAAUCAGAAGAGUUUAUUUAAAAUUACUUGAUAUCUAAAAAUCUGAUUGGAUCCACGUUAAUACUAACAUUAAAAUGAUGGAAUUUGAAGAAGCCUUAGUAUCUACAGGUUUGUUGCAUCCUGUUGAAGUUGAAAAGGAAGACAUCUCAUUAUCAUUAGAAACCGCACUUUCAUAUAUUUCAGGAAGAGACCCAAAUCUAAUGGCAUUUAUCAUUUCUCUAUUAGAAAUAAAAUUAAUUCAUAAAGAUCAAAUAAAACCUGUGGAGCCAAAGUUAUCUGAUUUUGGAAAUUUGAUGGUAGCAGUGUCUGAAUACAAAGGACAUCAAAUUGCAGAAAGAUUAAAGAAUGCAUAGUCUCUAUUGGUUCAUUCAGAUAAAUAUAAAUUAGCAAAGGCAUUUGCAAAUGCUGGACUUAAUGUUGAAAGCAGAGAGUAUUUAGCUUAAGUUACUGAUGAAGAACUUCUUAAUUCGGUAGAUUCAUUACAUCUUCAUUUAUAAUUGAAUAAAACAGAUAGACAAUUCCCAUUACCAGAGAAUUUAUCUAUCCUCUCCUUAGAUGAACUAAUUGCUUAUGCUACAUAUUUGGCAUUGUAAAAUCAAAAUUAUGGACUGUUCAUUGAAGAACUCAAGUUCAGAGUUAAGAAUUUGAAUACAAUUAGAGAUUUGAAUGAAAAAUAACAGGAAAGAAUUGAUGUAUUAGAAAAACACUCUGGACAGAAGUUAAUUUAUGAAGAGAAGGACAUUAAUCGUACUGAAGUAUAUAAGGCCAUUAAGGAAACUUUACCUAAGUCAGUGUAAUUGAUUGAGAUUUAUGAUCUGAGUUUAAAUAAUGAAAUAAAUGGAUAUGCUAAAUUAAGAGUAGGUUCAUAGCCAUAUAUGACUUUAUAUGAUUUCUUAGGUAAGGAUAAGGAACAAUUCAAGUAGAAAUUGCAGUUAGCAUUUAAUCUAGAAAAUUCUGAUAUCAUCUUGUUUAAUAAAAUCAAGGAUAGAUUGGAGAGCGUCUAAAUAGAAGAAAAUAGUAAGGAAUUGAGUUCAUAAACAAUCUUUAACGCAUAAUGGUAAUAUUUGAAGAAAAGAGCUUUGAACUAUUUAAAUAAGAACGACAACUUAAAUAAAUUGAAGUUGAAAUAAACUUUACUUGAUUUACAAGAGAGAUUGAAUAUAUUGAAUUAGAAUAAUGUAUUUUAAGAUUUGAUUGAUGAAAUUAAAGUUCAACCAAUCAAGUUUCCAAAAUGGUAUGGAAUGAUCCCAUCUUAAUCAAUAUAUAAUCCUUAAUCAUCUAUUGAAGGAUUUAAGGCUAGUUUGAUUAGUAAUAGAAUUUAUGAUCCUACUUAUUGUCCAGACUAAGACUUAUUUAAGAGAUUAGAAGAGAAUGGUUUUAUUUCAGAUGUGCUUCCAAUUCCACAUUCUGAUAAACGUAGAUAAUAGAUAGUUGUUGAAUCGUAUUCGCUUGCUUGGAAGAAACAUUCAGCUAAGAAGUCAGAUGAGGAGUUAGAACAACUUAAUCAAUUAUAUAAAUUCUUAUAGAAGGAUUAAAAGGAUCACCAUAGCGAUGCCAGCGAUUUGUUCAUUGCAAAUCUAUUGAAUUUGAAUGCAGAAUUGAAAUCUAAGAGUUUACCUGAAAUUGCUGAUUUUGUAUUCAACAUCAAAUUUUGGGAUAAAUUGAUUGAAGAGAGAUUGUCAGCUAAUAAAUCAACUAAGCCUACUGGUAUCUACUUAUAAAGGGAUCCAGAAGUUAUUUUACAUGAAUAAAUCAAAUAAUACAAUCCAUUUUUGACAACACAAUAUCUAAAGAAAAAAUUGGAAGUCAAUAAAACAUUGGACGAUCUCAUUAAAAUGAGAAAGGAAUUAUUGAUGAAGUUGUAAGAAGAUGUCAAGAACAAAGAAAUUAACAAAUAAUAAGCUAAAAGUAUUGUUCGUAAAAUUAACAGAAUUCUUUAUGAUAAAAUUUAAGAUAUUAAGGGUGAAUUAAGAAGAAAACAUUCCUCCCCCUAUUACAAAUAGAAAACUAACUAUAUCGAUAUUCUAUUUAAUGAAAGUGAUAUUGAGAAAUUAGAUAUCCAAUAGACACCUGAUAGAUAUCUUGAUGUAGACUUAUUGUAUGGUAUCAAUGAAUUUGUUACAAGAAAGAGAUCAAGAGCAGAGGAGAAAUUGAUUACUUAUUAUUUGAUGAAUAAAUAAAUGGAAGGCAAAUAAUUAAAUAAAUAGGAAUUAUAAUUCUUAGAUUCUUUGAGUCUUUACUAACCAAAUGUUUAGGUGACUCAAUUAAGAAUAAAGGACAUGCAGUUUGAUGAUCUUAUUCAUUCAGAUUUCAAACAAUUUGGAGAAUUCAGUGCCAGUGAUCUCUUAUUAUAAUUGAGUCAAUUAUUUGAUGAUCAGUUAUUCUUGGAUAUUUUAAGUCACAAAUAUUACAAAAAAUUAGGAAUUUAACAUCAAUUUAGAAGAAGAGACAAUUAAUUGUAUUUGUAAUAAUAGGAGAAAUUAGUUUGGAUUGAAGAGUCCAGAUUAAAUGAUGUAGAAUUAAAAGAUCUUAAAGAAAUGUUACAAAUAGGCAAUGCCUCAGAUCAACAUGUUGAAUCAUUGAAUCAAACUGAUUACCCUUUGUAGAAUGUAUAUAGUUGGAUACAUGCAAAAUCAGCUGAAAAGUUUGACUUAUCACUUUUGGAUUAACAUAAUUAGGAAUUAUGGAAUAAUAUAUUCAAAUGUCAAUAUGAAAAUACAACCGAAUAAUAAUUACAUGAUGUGGUCAACUUAUUAGUCGAAAGGUACUAUAUCUUGCAAUUCCAUCCUGUUACAUAUCUCAGAUAGCUCUUGAGAAUGAUCUUGACUCAUCCCAAUUUAUCUGCACUUGAUAAAAAGAAUCUGUAGUGCUUGAAGAAGACUGUUGGUUUCAAUUCUGAAGAUAUAUUGGCUAUAUCCAAAUCUGAACGAGCUGCUACUGUCCCGUCCUAUUUAAGUGAAAUGUGCUACCCUUAUGGUGAGAAAUUAAGUAUAAUUUGACGUACAAGGAUUUAUAUAUCUAUAAUAAUUAUUCAUAUAUUGUUAUUA